CAAAGGAAGCCGCCUCUUUCAGAAUUCAGUAUCACAUCCAGCCCGGUGAAAAUACUUCUUUCUACCCGACUGCGUUUCGCCUCUUUAACUGUCGGUGCAUCUUUUAGUCCGUUUCUGCCUUUGCCAGAUUUAAGCAAAAAGCUGAUUUUCAAACAAAGCACAGCUGUAGAAACAUUUCCAUCUAAAUGCAGAUUUUCCGUUCCUCGCGUCUUUCUGCUGAGCCUCAUUAUUCCGCCGUAUGGGAAUAGAGCCUCUGCCUUUAAGCAGUCAUUUGCCUCUGAAAUGGAGGCAUAUGCGAUUGACUAGCUGGGAUUUAGCGUUGCAAAUUGGACGCGGGCAGCAGCGAGUACAACAGGGGACGGCACGUAAAUACUAAACAAAUUUCAGCCAAGUUGACAAAAGGGAGAGGGGGUAAUCAGUCUGAAGUUGCAAUUAAUUCGGCGUGCAUUUGUUUCGGUGCCAUGAACGGCCGGGCGCGGCGAGCGCGGCGGGGAUUACCGGGAUUGUGCUCGCCCAUGUCUGCCAUGGAGGAUGCCGGCCAAGAUUCAUUAUCAGGCGACGGCGGGGACCUGCUUCUCAGGUGGUGCCGACACAUUGGAGGGGCGAUCCACUGUACUGGGGGGCUGGUCUGCACUCUGGGUCUGCUGGGAGGUGCUGUAGAGGGGGUUGCUGAGCCCCCCUCCCCCCCAGAUGAAGAUGAAACUAGAGGAAUAGGGUGGAGGUUAGAUGGAUGAUAUGUACUGUAAACAACCACUGACAAGAGGAAGAAGAGGUCUGUGGGUGAUUGGAUGUACAAUUCUGUAAGGAUUUGCUGACACUAUCACGCCUUUCCAUACCGCUACACUACACCAUAUUUCUACACUGCCAUACUAUUUUACUACAUAAUCACAUACCCUCUACUACAGUACUGCACUCAUAUAUGCUGCACUACACCAUACUACUACACUACCACAACGUUCUACUACAUUACACUGCCACAGUCAUAUAUCCUACACUACACCAUAUUUCUACACUGCCAUACUAUUUUACUACAUAAUCACAUACCCUCUACUACAGUACUACACUCAUAUAUGCUGCACUACACCAUACUACUACACUACCACAACGUUGUACUACAUUACACUGCCACAGUCAUAUAUCCUACACUACACCAUAUUUCUACACUGCCAUACUAUUUUACUACAUAAUCACAUACCCUCUACUACAGUACUACACUCAUAUAUGCUGCACUACACCAUACUACUACACUACCACAACGUUCUACUACAUUACACUGCCACAGUCAUAUAUCCUACACUACACCAUAUUUCUACACUACCCAUCAUUCCACUACAUUACACAACACCCAUAAAUCCUACACUAUGCCAUACUACUAAACUAUUACAAUCACAUACCCUCCACUACACUACUACAGUCAUAUACCCUACAUAACACCAUACUAUUACAGAAUUGCACCAUUCCAUUAUCCUAUGCCACUCAUAUAUCCUACACUACACUACACUACUGCACUACACUACACCACCAGGGAUGUAUUACAGACCGGGCCAGCGGGGCCGCUGCCCAGGAGCCCUUGGGGUGCAAGGGGCCCGUGGGGCCCCUAGCCCAAAACAAUUUGCAACACUUAUCAACAAUGUAUUUUCAUUUGUCUAUUUUAGAGGGCCUACAUUCUUUGAUCCUCUGCCUACAAGGGCCCCUGACCCUAUAGGGAGGGCGUUUGGCUGCCAAGGGCCCUUGAAUUGUGGUGGUUGUGGUGGUGGUGCUGGUGGUGGGGGGGGCCCUCACAAACGUUUUGCCCAGGGGCCCACACAACCCAUAAUCCGUCCCUGUACACCACUAUACUCAUAUACCCUACAUUAGAUCAUACUACUACACUAAUGCAUAAAUCCACUCCACUGCAGUACUACACUCAUAUACUCUACAGUACACCAUACUUCUACACUGUCAUAUGGCUUCACUAUACUAAUACACCUUUUUAUACUACUUUUUACUGUAGCACACAACUACACCGCUUGAGUAUACCAUCCGACUACACAACUAUACCAUACUACUCUGGUGUGUGUCACAGUACUAUUCUACUCUGCUCAAUCAUCCUUUAACAAGGAAACAAAGCAGCAAGAACCCAGGAGUGUCUGGGAGUCUGAGCGUAUUGAAACAUACCUAAGAAUGAAUGACCUCACUACUCCGCCCAGGUGUGAACGCCUCCCGCUGGAGCGUCUGACCCACUCCAGUCCCUUGUGUCCAUUUGGAAAUUACUUUUCACACUUUCCACAAGUGAACAGGAUCAUUUCCAUGUUUUGUUUAGGGUUUCUUUGCCCCCCCCAUUAUAUCAGUAAUGAAUCUCCAUGCCUCAGUGGCUGUGCUGACACAUGAGGGGUUUCUUACUGGGGGAUUCGAACAUGUUGGGCAGGUGAGAAUGAGCCUGUUGUGCUGGUGCACAGCAGGCAAACUCCCAGAGGCAGAACCUUCCCCUACUGCUGUGCCUUUACACUCUGGCUAAUGAGUGUUUGUUUUUGUGGGGGUGGGACAGGGGCCUCGGCAACAGGGACAGAAAAGAUUGAGAAAUAACAGAAAUUAACCUGUUGCUACAAUUCUGGUUUGUUAUCUCAGCAUAGACUAAUGAUUGCAGGAAAAGGUCCAUCCAAUGGGGCGAAUUUAAAUCUUUAAUUUCCCCAAUCCAAGUAGCGGCUAUUGUGACUGCGUAUGUCCUGCCGCUCAGGGGCCCCUCCCAGCCUGACGCGGCUCAUAAACAAGUCUCUAUGCCCCCGCCCAUCUCUCCUUACAGGUGCGGCCGAGGUCGAGGUGCCGCACUCUUACCCCAACCUGCGCCGGCCGCUGGCGACUAGCGUCACCCUGCCCUGCCUUGCUGCCCUGCCAGCUGUCCUCCAGCAGGGGGCAGCCCCCAGCAUACGCUGGAGCAGGAAGCCAGGCUCAGCUGGAGAAGGGGAACAGCUGGUGUUACACACUGAAAAUGGUGCCGUUCACGUGGAGAAGGCCUUUGACGGGCGUGUGGCCAUGCCGAGCUACUCCGCGAACCGCUACAAUGCUAGCCUGACCCUGACAGACCUGCGCUACAGUGACUCUGGCACUUACCACUGCAACAUCACUGCAGGGAUGGAUGUCCAACAGGAUACAGUGCCCCUAAAGGUCACUGGUGUCGUGUUCCAUUACCAGGCAGCCAAUGAGCAGAGGGGCAUGUCUUUUGGCCACGCCCAGCGGGCUUGUCAGGAUAACUCCGCUCUAGUGGCCACGCCCGCUCAGCUGCUAGCCGCCUUCCAGGAUGGAUAUGAGAGCUGCCAAGCUGGAUGGCUUGCUGACCAAACUGCCAGGUCCCCGAUUUGGUCUCCAAGGCCUGGUUGCUACGGCAAUGGGGAUGGCUCACCUGGUGUAAAGAACUUGGGCAGCAGAGACCCUAAUGAGUUAUUUGAUGUUUACUGCUAUGCAACAGAGCUUCAAGGAGAAGUCUUCCAUUCCAGCGUACCAGGAAAACUUAGCUUGGUCAGGGCCGCCGCCCACUGCCGUUCCCAAGGUGCUUGCCUGGCCACCACUGGCCAGCUGUACUUGGCUUGGAGGGCGGGGCUUGACCACUGUGAUCCAGGCUGGUUGGCUGACGGCAGCGUCCGCUAUCCUAUCAUACAGCCCCAUGCCUGGUGUGGAGGGGAGGAGCCUGGGGUGCAUACGCUGUACCACAGUGCUGACCUCACAGGCAUGUCUGAUACCUCAGCCCUCUUCGGUGCUUACUGCUACAGAGAGCAGCAGACUGCAGAACACCUUCCAGCCAAUCAGAGCGAGGCCAGCCAGAUCCCCCUAUCUGCUGACCAACAGAAUAACUCCCCCAGUACGCCUCCCGCUUACCCAAACGAGGGCUUGCUCAGAGAUUCUCCGGGGGUCAGCUUGGAGCCCCCUCCCUGGCCGGAAGGGACAUCCCUGAGCGGGAAUCACCCUGUGGCUCCGGGCAUUAAUAUUCAACAGCUAGGCAAUAAGCCGUCCAAUGGGGAGCCGUUGCCUGGACACAUCAGCGCAUUAGAGAAGGAUGGAGAUGAGGAGGAAGCCGACGGGCUGCCGAAAACAGCAAUCCCCGCGGGCUGCACAGCCCCGUCUCGUUUGCCUCCGCCCCAAAAGGCCAGCAGCCAUUCCUGUGCCCCCUUCAAGUCUGUCAUCAUGCCUUGGAAGUUGUGGGGAGGCUCUGGUCGAGGGAAAAUCACAGCCACCUCCAGCGUCCCUGCUCUGGGGGCGACCUGGGACAGAGGGAUGCGGGCAGGAGCCACCAGUCUGCAGAACCCAGGCAGAGAAGAGUCGCUCGGGUCUCCCGGCAGCAGCCUGAAGGACUCACCCCAGGAGAUCCCUAUUGCGGAGACAGAGGUCCCCUUCAAUCAAGAGGGCAGCAGUGUGGCUAAGAAAAGCUACCCAAUAAAUUCAAAAGGAAGCUCAAACACUCACCCAAAGUUUAUGGAACAGGGACAGGUGUGGACACAAUCUCCUGACCCAUCCACUAAUAAGUCACCCACUUUACUGGGGGCCAAGAGCACAAUGGCCUGGAUCCUGGUUCCUGAACCCCAGGAUGUAGAGCCCCCUGAGGUCCCCACAUCGGUCUCCUUGACGACGGUCUCCCAGGCGACUGUGGAAAAAAGUGCCUCGAAGCUCCGCGUGAUUCCGCAAGGAGUUACGGCCUCCAACUCUGAAUGGCCCAGGGCCUGGACAGAACCAUCUCCUAUCUCUGAGGGUUCUUCAGGUGAGGACCGGGAGAAGAAGUCUGCUCCAAAUCGAGAAUCGCUCCCAGCAGAGCCAGGGGAAAGCAUCGAAGGUGACGAUAAAUGGGAGCCCCUUGGAGGAUUUUCCAAACUGGCUGGGCCACGUGUCAGACCACAGGGACUGAGCUGGGAGGGCAGCACUUCAGUGGCAGUGGAAGGGCCUCCACAUUCACUUCAGCCUGAAGGCAUGGGAACCGUACAGCCAAAAGCUACGCCCUCUAAAGCUGGAUCAACAGACGCCAGCAUCACAUCAGGCUCCAGUGCUAGUGUGCCCCCCCCUGCCAGCACCCAAACCUCUACAGUCCCUCCCUCCCCCACUCUGAGAGCAGAUUUGCAUUCUGGAAAUGCUGACAGCCCCCUUAUCUCAGCAGAAAUGCCCCGCAAUAAUGAUGACAACAACAAUAAAUACAAGAAUUCAGAGUAUGGGGGGGUUGGUGGCGUCACUGAGGACCCGAGCUCACAUCCCACCCCCUGGGGGAGCCCCAAGUUACCCAUGACUCAGCUUUUUGCCACCCAGCUCGCCAGUCAGGGGGGGAGAGGAAACCCCGCCAGGGCUGAGUUCCAGCACUACACCAGCACACAGCCUGCCCUUGCUGAAUACCACCCAUGUGGAACCUAUUCCUGCCUCCAUGGGGGAAGAUGCCGGAUUGAGGGGGGAGAAUACCACUGCAAUUGCCCCCAGGGCUUCUCUGGAGAGAGCUGCGAAAUCGACAUCGACGACUGCAUUUCGCAACCGUGUCAAAAUGGAGGGACCUGCAUUGACAAAGUGGACUCCUUCCUUUGCCUGUGCCUGCCCAGCUAUGGCGGAGCCACCUGUGACAGAGACACCGAGAGCUGUGAGCUCGGCUGGAGGAAAUUCCACGGCCACUGCUACAGGUUCUUCCCCCACCGGCACACUUGGGAGAAUGCUGAGAAAGACUGCCGGGACCACAGCGCCCACCUGGCCAGCGUCCGCACCGCUGCUGAGCAGGACUUCCUCUCCGGUCUAAGCCACGAGAACACCUGGAUUGGUCUAAACGACCGCACGGUGGAGGAAGAUUUCCAGUGGACUGACAACAUGGAGCUGGAAUUUGAGAACUGGAGGGAGAACCAGCCUGACAAUUUUUUUGCGGGUGGUGAGGACUGCGUGGUGAUGGUUGCCCAUGAGAAUGGCAAGUGGAACGAUGUGCCCUGCAACUACAAUCUACCGUACAUCUGCAAGAAAGGCACAGGGUUUUGUGGCCCGCCCCCUGCAGUGGAAAACGCCUUCCUGAUUGGCCGGAAGCAGGAGCGUUAUGACAUCCAUGCAGUGGUGCGCUACCAAUGCUCGGCGGGCCUCGUGCAGCGCCACGCCCCAACGUCCAAAUGCAGAGCCGGCGGGAAGUGGGAGCGGCCCCGGAUCAUCUGCACGAGGGCUCGGCACUCCCACCGACAUCGCCGCCACCACCACAAAAACCACCAUGAGCGCCGGAAGCAUCCGAAGCACCAAAGGCAUGGGGGCAGAGCACGCCGAGUGGGGGAUGGAGGCCACGCCCAUGACCACACCCACAGCCACGCCCACAUCUGAACCUAGAGUGCAUUGUUGCCCUUCUCCUCCUCACGUCCCCUGCCCCGUGGUCACCCCCAGCCAUUGUCUCCGGGGAUCAGCUCAGUUCCCCCCAAGCCGAUGGUCGGCGAGCCGCCAUUCGAUCGAACACAGAUAACAAAAUCCUUUCUUUUACAUCUUCAGUUAAAGUCCUUUUUAUGUCUUAAGUCUUUGGUGAGAUCUGCCUCACUUGUUAUAUCUAAAACAUUUCUUGUAUGUGGAAAUACUGAUUUUAUGGGUUGUCAUUUUGGGCCGGGUUAAAUGACUAUUGUAUUAUUAAGCAAUGCAAUGUGGUAUGAAAAUCAGGACUGAGAAAGGUUUUUUAUUUACCUCACGUUAGCAUUACAGUAUUUUGAACUUUGAUGCCUGAAGGGGUGUUUUCUGCCUGAGAAGACUGAUGUUACAAUGUUUCCUUUGUUGUCUAUCUGUUUACUGAAGCCUUUAAUUGUCUGUAUCACAUCAUCCGCCAUGUCAUGUACCAUGACUGUGGGACUCCACAAUGAUCAUGGUUGGCAAUGAUUUAUAUAAAAAGGCUAAUGGAGGGAGCACGUGUGACAGGGUUUUCAUUGUCUAGGUUCCUGUAGGUCCAGGCUGCCCUUCCUUCAUCCAACAUCUCACACACGCCGCACUAAAAACAGCUCUGUCCGGUUCCUUCACACCUGUGCAUGUUGAUUUGUAAAUGUAAUUAUCCUGUAAAACCCAGGAUAGAGACCCCCCCCACACACACACACACCUAGGCACCUGCACAGUAGCAGUGCCAACAGCUAAUCGGGAGAGCUGUUAACAUUGAUUAACGCCAGCCUUCAACGCAAUGCCCCAGCGCAGAGGAAGCUAUUUGGACAAUCUGUUCACUAACAGACUUUAUUAAUACAAAGUGCUAAGAGGCAAUCGAGCCCAUGGGCACUUCAGGUGGGAUGUGCGACGGUAUUUAUGCGCCAAUAUUCUGACAGCAGUGUUGCUAGGCGACCCUGAGGUUUGUCCCUGGCAACCACACAACAAGCCUGUGUAAUAAAUCGAGGCGUAAAUGGUCUGUCAUGGUCAUAAUCAUAACCCCUCCCCCUCCCCCCCCCUUCCAGCUGGGCAGGUCAGGACCAGAUCGGAACAGAAGACCAAGAUUCUCUUACCCUAAAUAUGGAACUGUUACUCUGAAAACGUGUCAGGUAUAUCUAGUGUAACUCUCGGCGAGUGUUGACGCUUUGUUCCUCGCAGCAACGCAAGGUCUCAGCACAGUAGAGAAGCAUAACCCCCAUAUGGGUUGACUGCUAGUGGGCCCUUCCCCCACACUGUCUACAGCACCAUCUUCAGCCCACUUUCUACAUGGAGAGACUGGAGAAGCACCAUAACUGAGCUUCACAAAACAGAUUUAGUUUGUGUUGAUUGGCUGCAUUGGUACUGAAAGUUGUACGUGAUGUUACACGCUAACUCGCAGGACACAGGGGAGUGCAUUCUCUGCAGCUGUCCUGUCGGAUUUCCUCCGAGUUUGUCUCUUCUUGCAUCGUUACUGUACAUCGCCUUUUCGGUUCUUUGUUCAUCCUUCUUCAAAACCAUUACAAAACACUGUCGCAUUCGACGCAGAUAUUUCCCUGCGUGUGCGUGUAUGCAUAGUCACACUUGUGUGCAUGCGGCCGUGAUCUUAAAAUAAGAACUGAAGCCUGUUUUACAUGGAAAUUUUCUUUAUAGCAAAGAGCACAGAGUCGUGUGUGGGUUUGAUGUGUUGAAAGGAGGUAUUUAAGGAGGAAGAAGGGACAUUCACCCCAAGUAAACCUCAACUAAAGGAAAAUAUCUUAUUUUUUAUGUGCUGUUAUCAGCUUCCUGUAUCUAUUCUCAUGUUGUGUUUAUCACUAAAAGUUUUAUUUCCAAAAUAAAGUCAACAAACAACAGAUGUACAGUCAGGUUUCAAAAGCAAAAAUAUCAGCCCCAUAAAAACUCAAGAAUAAGGAAGGAAGCUCAAACUCAGCUCGACUCGAUUGUUUUGUGAUUGUAAAUACUCAGUGGUUUUGGGAUAUUAUAAGGUGUGGGAUUAGAUUGGUCUUUCCCUCCCCAGUACACCCUGGGUCCACGCGGCACCGCCCUCCGUAGCAGUGUAUAUACACAGUAUGCAGGCACCCUGACCGGUUCAUAAACAAACAUUCCACUUCCUUUCUGUUCACCAGGAGCGAUGUGAAUGUUGGGUGUAUUAGGGGUGACCUGUCUCAAUCUAGUCUCUAAGUAUCGUUUCAUGUUUCUUGAUGUUCUUGUAAAUUCAUUUGCAUUUAUUCUGUCAUGUUAUUUAUAAAGAGGAAAGAGUAAAUCAUUAAACUUUAUGAUUGGGUACAUAAUGUGUAAUUUGGGACUGUGCUGUUGUCCGCACACAUGCACACACACACGUUGCUCAGCUUCCCGACUUCCUGAAAGUCCGGGAAGCUAAACGCUUUGAGCCCUGAAGCAUCCAGUGGAAGGCUGGAGCCAGACUGGCUCUCACUGGGUUUCCUGCUUCUCACGCCCUUGUCACUGCAAUUGACAAGUACAUAUGACCUGACUGUUCAGGUCUUAGGAUUUUCCCUCCAAAACUAGGCCCCUUCCGCUGGGUCCCGUUUUCCAGCUGCUGUCUGCAUUCGGCAGUGCUUUUGUCGUGUUUGAGUUCUGUCUUGGGAAACAGGAGUGCUUUCAUUUCUGCAGAAUCUUGCCUGGAGUCAGGCCCUGGAAUCGACAUCCUGUCCCUCAUCACCCCACAUGAGUCUGCAGAUGGUUGACCAAACACAGUUACUAUAAAAUAUAUUAAACAGUUAUCCUUGUACUCCAAUGCACUUGAUUAUUUGCAUUUUACACUGGUUCUGUGAAAAUUCCGGAAUUACAGACUUAUUACAGGUUAUAAUUUUUCACAAAUAAAUGUUCAUGUUUCUCUGCUUGAA